AUGCCACGAUUCCAGAAAAAACCAAGAGCAUGUUCCACUUCUCCUUUUCGUCCCCAACGUCAUCAAGAACAACCUCUUUCCCCAUACGAUACUCCUGGUUCUCCUCGUAGCUCCAAAAAACGUAUCCUGCGAGAUACCGUGUGUCAGAAUUGUGGUUGUGGUCGAGAUGAGACCAAUAUGUGGAGGACAAAUCGAGACCCUCCACGUCUUGUAGCAGAAGACAAUAUGCUCUGCAAUGCCUGUGGGCUCUGGCGGAACGAGCAUGGGAACCAGCGACCCCGGGAAUGGUGGAUCAAGCGAGGAUCAUCUUCUCCUCAGCCCGAUCACUCAUCCUCUUCCGCUUCUCCACGACCCACUGCCGCCGUCAAAUCUGAGAGGAAAUCCAAGAGGAGAACCAAAGCUGCUGUUUCACCAGCGGUCAAGGUGCCUUCCAAGAAUUCCAGACGAAGAGAUGAAUGCAGCGGGGAUGAUGUUGAGGAAGGUAGAGUCAAAGAUGCUGCCAUUGCCUUGCUCGAAUUCAGAGAAUCAAGGGAACCAUCGAGUUUGGCCACAUCAACUCCAUCUCCGGUAACACCCCCAACGCCGAGAGCCCUCGUAAUCUCCCCUUCGUACGGUCGACCAGCGUGGCUGUUCAACAAGGAACCAGCUCCAGUCGUCCCGAUCCCCCCUCCAGGAGGUUUCAUUCCCACUCGCAUCGUUACUCCAGCUCUUCGCAACCUCUUGAACUCACCACCUGCUGUUCAAGAGUCGCUAAAAGCAACAUCCACCACUCCCCCGACCAUCAAGUAA